UCCUCCGCCACUUCUCACGCUACCCGGACUUGAAAUAUCGCGACACAAUGUGGCGGAAGCGGAUACCGCGUGCGUUGGUGUAACCAUCCAAUGUAAUGCAGUGACACAACUGCACCCAUGGCGGGACAUGUGAAGAAGCAGCUGAAAGAUGCAGUGAAGGUCAUCGGCUCAGGUAGCCUUCUGUUUGCCUCCUACCUCACUGCCGUUGGAGAUGAGCGUUUCUAUGCCAAUCAGUUGAUGCCCUUGCUGCAGAGGAUGGUCGGAGCAGAGACGGCGCAUGUGUUGGCUGUGAAGAUGAUCGGUCUGGGUCUGGUUCCUCUGAACCGCUACCAGGACCCUGCAUCAUUGGAAGUGAACGUCCUGGGACUAAAGUUUAGAAACCCGAUUGGGAUCGCGGCGGGCUUUGACAAACACGGGGAGGCCGUAGACGGGUUGUACAAAGUGGGUUUUGGCUUUGUUGAAGUGGGCACUGUCACUCCCAAACCUCAGGAGGGGAACCCCAAACCCCGUGUGUUUCGACUCACCCCAGAUCAGGCCAUCAUUAACAGAUAUGGAUUCAACAGCUGUGGUUUGGCAGAAGCUAAGCAGCGGCUCGGGGCCAGAAGAGACUCGCAGCAAGAGCACAGGGAAGCUGGCCUUCCCCUAGGCAUCAACCUGGGGAAGAACAAGUUGUCCCAGGACGCAGGGGCAGAUUACUCUGAGGGGGUGAGGGUGCUCGGCCCGCUGGCGGACUACCUGGUGGUCAACGUCAGCAGCCCAAAUACGCCCGGUCUCCGGGACCUACAGGGGAAGGCUGAGCUCCGCCAGCUCCUGCAUACGGUGUUGAAGGAGCGUGAUGCGCUGAAGGGGGAACGCAAACUACCCGUCCUGGUAAAGAUCGCUCCUGACCUCACUUCCCAGGACAAACGAGACAUUGCUGAUGUCGUCACCGAGCUGGGAGUGGAUGGAUUAAUGGUGUCUAACACGACAGUGUCCAGACCAGAAACACUUCAGCAUUCAAACAAGUCUGAGGUCGGCGGUCUGAGUGGCCAGCCUCUCAAAGACCUUUCUACUAGCACCGUGAGAGAGAUGUACAACCUCACUAAAGGUAAAGUACUAAUUGUUGGAAUCGGUGGUGUGGCCAGUGGGCAGGAUGCUAUGGAUAAGAUCCGUGCCGGUGCUUCACUGGUUCAGCUUUACACAGCUUUGACCUACCAGGGCCCCCCCGUAGUGACGAAGAUAAAGCGAGAAUUGGAACAGCUUCUUAAAGAACAAGGUUUCAGUGGUGUAUCAGAGGCUGUUGGAGCAGAUCACAGGGGAGCAGACAAGUAGACUCGGGAGUACAGCCCGCUGAAGGAGAUGGUCGAUGUCGAUGUCGUCCCACAGCACCUCCGUGGGAUCAUCAACCUUUUCCUGAACAGGGAUGAAUCCUGAAUAAUUGUCCAGCCAUCUGCCUUUAUUUCAGGAUGAGAUAUGGUCUGGUUUGUGAUGAGAAAAUGUUGAAGGGUAUCUCACCUUUACUUCCUUUAUAGUAAAGUUGGUAAUGAAAAGUCUUUGAUGUUGUGUUAAGAAGUUCAGGUGUGUGUCUCUAUUUCAGACGUUCAUUCUUUGUCACAGUGUAACUGAAAGAAGCGACCAGUUUAACAGUCUAAUACAGAAGUUGCAACUGAGAAAAGACUAUUUCUAAGUGAAAUAUUGCACACAAAUAGGAGGAUCCCAUCAAUGGCUGUUGAGAAACACGUGAGAACUGUAUUUAGUUCAUAUUUGUUCCGGUCUGCAAGAUCCGUAACUGGGCUCAAACUACUGUUAUGGUGCUUUUUUAAAGAAUUCUGAGGAAAUCUGUGUUCAGCUGUGACAAAACACCUCUAAUUAGAGCCUUGCCCUUUAUUAUUUUUUAUUAUUUUCAUUAUAAAAAACGUUAUGAACAUAUUUUUAUUUCCAAGUGUUUUGACAAGUGCAAUGAGUCAUGUGAUCUGCUGACUCCAGAUGAUGAACCACACUCGGACUGAGUUCUUAACCCUCGACCUGCAAUAUUUUACCCUUCAACUGACAUUUACUCUUCUGCAUUUACACUUCUCAAAUAUAUUGGUCCGAUGAGGAUAAUAUUUACACUUAAAUAUUUCAGAGAGGGAGAAUCAUGAAUUUCCUGUCCAAUCCAUGAGUCGUGUAGAUUAUCGCUACAUUUUGCGUUUGCUCAGGGUAAAUCAAGCAACCAUCCUUUUCUCUUCCUGCACAGAAAGAUCUUGAAGCUGGUGACGGUAACGUGUUUCUUUGGAGAGUCAUGUUUGUUCGAAAUAAUGUACUCAAAUCUGAAUGUACUUGUAACGUGUGCCGUCCUUUAUAUUUCAUCACAUUUACAGUGUGUUUGUGACGGUUUUUGGCCACACUUGUCCCCGUGUUUAUGUGCAAAAACAUGUUUCAUGUGGAACAUUUUAAGGUGGAUGAACCGACCGUACAAGAUAUUUUGUUUAGCGGUACAACUAUAAUAAAAACAAACACUUUCUGCAAAAGCUGUGGUAGUUUUUGUGGUGG